UGUGUUUUAGCACGCCAGUCACAGAAGAUCCACGUGUUAUUCACUGGCGCGUUCAGCGCAGAGGCUCCCCCACUCUGCCAUCCUCCAGCUCCAACUGUUGUGCUGCAGCAGGAUUUGGUUGGAGUCUGGGCAGAGCCCCCUUUAUGAACAACCCUCCGGAUUGAUUCUGUUUCAGCAGAAGUGAUCCUUGCCUUCCCAGCCGCACACAAAGCAAGGAGAUCCUUAAAGGGACCUGCCUGGUCCUCCGUGCAGCCACAAGCCCGCGUAGGUGCGGACUCAGCGACCCAGGUUCUCGCGGAGAGAAUGAAUGGAGAGGGCUCUUGAGAACCCCUAGUCCUCCCGGAACCCGGCUGGGAGGGAGCUGAGGCCGGAGCGCAUGGAGACUACCAAUCCCCGCGGCCCGGAGCACGAUUAGCUGCUCUGGGGAUGCUGGGCGCGCGGCGAGCAUCCUGCCUGUGGUCCAGAGGCUGCUGGGGCGCUUCCUGCGGUCUGCGCGGAUCGGAGCCAGCGCCGGGAGGGAACCCGCAUUCAGACCCAGCGCACCGGCUCCCCGCGGGUCUGCGAGCAGCCGGUGCGGAUGCUCAGCUCUAGGCAUCUGCAGGAGCCCCCCGAUUGCAGGGAUUUGGCUGUUUAAUCGAGCGAGGUUACCACCUGGGAAGGUCUGCGAGGUUGAUCCUCGUUCCAGCUGCUGUGAUAACUUCGGGACUGACUGUUGACUUCUCCGGGUGCCGGGGACUCUGUCCUGCACCGCAACCACUCCCGCCACUUGCCCAGCUCUCCUCUGAGGGCACCUCUGGCAAGCGGGGCGAGGAGGGGUUAAAAGGCAAGCAGAGCCCCCAGCUGCUAACCUGUGUGACCGCCUGUGUUGUGGGAUUCUGAGAGGGACCGUGCGCCGCCCGGGGAAGCAAUGCAAGUCUCCAUAGCCUGCACAGAGCACAAUUUGAAGAGUCGGAAUGGCGAGGACCGACUUCUGAGCAAGCAGAGCUCCACCGCCCCCAAUGUGGUGAACGCAGCCCGGGCCAAAUUCCGCACAGUCGCUAUCAUCGCCCGCAGCCUGGGGACCUUCACCCCCCAGCACCACAUUUCUCUCAAGGAGUCCACCGCGAAGCAGACUGGCAUGAAAUAUAGGAAUCUUGGAAAAUCAGGACUCAGAGUUUCUUGCUUGGGUCUUGGAACAUGGGUGACAUUUGGUGGUCAAAUUUCAGAUGAGGUCGCUGAACGGCUGAUGACAAUUGCCUAUGAGAGUGGAGUCAAUCUCUUUGACACUGCGGAGGUGUAUGCUGCUGGAAAGGCUGAAGUGAUACUGGGAAGCAUCAUCAAAAAGAAAGGCUGGAGGAGGUCCAGCCUGGUCAUAACAACUAAACUCUACUGGGGUGGAAAAGCUGAAACGGAAAGAGGGUUGUCAAGAAAACAUAUUAUUGAAGGAUUGAAGGGCUCCCUCCAGAGGCUGCAGCUGGAGUACGUGGAUGUGGUCUUCGCCAAUCGACCGGACAGCAACACCCCCAUGGAAGAAAUUGUGCGUGCCAUGACGCACGUGAUCAACCAGGGCAUGGCCAUGUACUGGGGAACCUCGCGGUGGAGCGCCAUGGAGAUUAUGGAAGCCUAUUCUGUAGCAAGACAGUUCAAUAUGAUCCCGCCAGUCUGUGAGCAAGCUGAGUACCAUCUUUUCCAGAGAGAGAAAGUGGAGGUUCAACUACCAGAGCUCUACCAUAAAAUAGGGGUUGGAGCAAUGACAUGGUCUCCCCUUGCCUGUGGAAUCAUCUCAGGAAAAUAUGGAAAUGGUGUGCCUGAAAGUUCCAGAGCUUCACUGAAGUGCUACCAAUGGCUGAAAGAACGAAUUGUAAGUGAAGAAGGAAGAAAACAACAAAACAAGCUGAAAGACCUUUCCCCCAUCGCCGAGCGGCUGGGAUGCACGCUACCUCAGCUGGCCGUUGCUUGGUGCCUGAGGAACGAGGGUGUGAGCUCUGUGCUCCUGGGAUCAUCUACUCCUGAACAACUCAUUGAAAACCUCGGUGCCAUACAGGUUCUCCCAAAGAUGACAUCACAUGUGGUAAAUGAGAUUGAUAACAUAUUGCGCAACAAGCCCUACAGCAAAAAGGACUACAGAUCCUAAGGCAGUGCAUGAGCCCUGGAGCUGCAUGGUAAAAAUAGUGGUAUUACAGGCACAGAAUGGUGUCACUAGCCAGUCCUUUGAAUCACUUAGCAGCCUGCUGCUCAACCUCUAGUGUCCCUGGAUUCUGAGGUGUCUGCUGUCGCUACCACUGUGCAUCUGAAUUAUGAGCACAUCUGGAAACUCACAACCAGGAAAAUCCAUUCUAUUUUCUUAUCUUGGACUGGAGUCACCUGUUCUUGCAUUGCUCUGUACACCUCAUGCUUAUGCAUUGGAGAGUAUAUAGGGGUGAAGAUGCAUUACCUUCAGUCAUUUAGUAAUUUAAUGAAGGCUGUGAGAUAUUUUUUCAAGUGAACAAGAUCCACAGGUACAAUGUGGUCUGAACCAGAAAGAGCACGCCAUCUUAACGCAGAAGUCUUGCUUGGAGAAUAAGCAGAAAAAAUUUAUUUUUUUCUAUUCUCACAUUCACGUUAGCAAGAGUUGUUUCAUUUACUUAACAAACCAAAAUUCCUAAGUUUUUGCUUUAAAAUUUUCACUGUAGCUUGGCCCCAAGUAUGGCCCUAUAUAGCAAUUUAUCCAAGGUAUCUACUAGAAUUCUAAUGCUGCUAUGUCCAUUUAUAUGAAGAGAUGGUAAAAAGAUGAACAUCCCAACCUUUAGUAGAGAUAUUAAGGUUAAUUUAUGAAGGGGAGGAUUACACUGCUAUGGAAACUGCUUGGAAUAAAAUGUACCUGCAAUGAAAUGUUCAUUUUUGACUACAUUUUACUAAAACCUGCUUAAUACUUUUGACUGCUUGUGCUUGUAGACAUAGCUUCUGCAAGUUUAAAUAUUUGAGCUUUUAAAAAUAAAUAUACAUAUGCUCAGUUUUCUAAGUCAACCUGUAAAAUACCCAGAAAGGCAAAUGUUUGCUCUUUAAUUAGCACUGGGAUUUUACAAUAUAAUGCCUGGUAUUUCUGAGGAGUUAUUAACAUGAAAGUGAAUCAUGGGCUUUGUGAAAAAAUGCUGUCACUACCCAAUAUAUGCUGGGUGAAUUAACUAGCCCUAUGAAAAGCAAAUGUUACAGAACAUCCUGAUUUAUAAUCACACUAUGUACACUAACCUAUAUGCAUGAAAGCUCUCUGCAUGGAUUAAAGGGGCCUAGCCUUGUUACAUUCAGAAGCCAUCUAGUCCUGCCAAUCUUGGCUAACCCCCAGAUGAAUAUUCCACUUAAAAAAAAAAAAAAUGCUGAGAAUAUACUGUGUGUACCUGUAAGAUGGGAGAAAAUGUUGGUUUUUCUUUUGGGGGUGUGGGGAGGGAGGAGGCUGGUCCUAUGUUCCUAUUCAGACACCAGAGCAUGUACAAAAAUUUAAUUUUUUGACCAGCAGAUCCCUUAUUUAGAAAUCACUUUGAGACUUACAGAAGAAAUAUACUAUCUGCUUAAAAUAUUCUUUUCUGCCAUCAUUUCCAGGUGUGUAUUUCAUGGUUAAGUUCUAAAUCUUAAAAUGUUAAUGUGAAAUAGUAACAACUUUUCUUUGAUUACUACUACCUGUAUUUUAAUAAGAGGAAAGUGGGAGUUUAACCAAGAGUAUGAAUGAUAGAAAUGGAUCAUUUUUCAGUUGUUCAUUGUGUAUUCAAUCAACCCAGUGAACUACUGUGUAGAAAUGAGCUGAUGUUGUCUAAUGAGAACUGUAAUUUAUUUAUUUGCUUAGAGUAAUAAAAGCAUUUUGUGCAUUUAAUCUCACAAGU